GAGGGCAUGCUACCUGCGGGCUGCCAGGGUGCACAGACUCCGCCUCAUGCUGCCUGGUCACAGGCGGCUGCCGGGUAAUCCCAGCACUGGCGGCAGCCGGAUCUUCUCACGCAGCAGAAGCAGUAGCACCGGCCUCUCUCUCCGCCGGCUCCCACACAACAAUACACAUGCUCUGAAGGUCGCCGGAAAAGGACGUGACGUUAUCCAAACACACUUCCUGCAUGAGGCUGAGGGCGCCAUUUUACUUUCUGGUACACUGUGAUUCCGCAGAGAGAACAAGAACAAAUGGGCAAAAAAAAGGUUCAAUCAGAAAAUAUUGAGAAGAAAAAGAAAAUGCCAGAAAACAUAUCGGAAGUCCCCGUGUCAAAAAAGAAGAAAUUGAUUCCUGAGCUACAGAUUUCUGAAGACUCAGAUUCUCCGAAGUGUCAGGUAGAAGCUCAUGAUGGUCCAGAAGCAGAGGACCUUACUCCAGAGGAACAGAGAAUUCUGGAAAGGAAACUGAAAAAAGAACGUAAGAAGGAGGAAAAGAGGACAAAAAGAGAAAGUAAUGCAGAAGAGAAGAGUGAAGAGCCAGCAAAACCUUCAGCUUCUGAAUUAGCUUUGCAGUACUUGAAGCAAUGGUCCAAAAAACACUCUGAAUGGAGAUUUCAAAAAACGAGGCAAACCUGGCUCCUCAUGAACAUGUAUGAUGAAGAGAAGGUUCCCAACAAAUACUUUAAGAUUCUGUUAAAUUAUAUGGGUGGUAUGAAAGGCACCGCACGCGAGACCACUAUACAGAAAGCCGAGGCCUUCAUGAAGGAGUAUGAUAACUGUGACCCACAGGAGGAGACGGACCUACAAAAGAUAACAAGAAUACGAGAAGUCUUACAGAUUUUGUCUUAAUCCUCUCUAGGGGGUAUAUUUACUAAAGGUUGGGGUGGGGUGGGGGGGUCAAUGUUAGAUCGAUUUUAAAUCGAUGUUGGACGUCCAGUGUUAAAACACACAUUUACUAGCAGAUUAUUUUUUAUAUUAAUUUUUAAUUGUUAGUAAAUGUGUGUUUUAACCCUGGAAGCCCUAAUCGAUUAAAAUCGAUCUAUAAUCAAACAAAAUUGACCUUUAGUAAAUAUACCCCUAGGCUGUUCUGUUCCGUUGCGACAAUAACAGUAGUGUGUCAUGCUGUCACAGUGUUCAGGCAGAUCUGACAACUGUUCCAUUCAAAUACAUAUCUCAGUAGUUUGUGUUUUACACAGUCUUACCUGACCACACUAGCAAGCAGCUGAGGCAGCUCUGAAUCCUGGUUCACACCAGAGUUUGUAUGCACACAUAUUGUUCUUUUAGAGAAUAGACCAUGCCAAUUAUUUCUCAAUGUUUAUUUGCUUUUACACUUUUUUCUUAACUUUGCUUAUUUUUAAUGUGUUUAUUAUUGUCCAACAAUUAUGCAACUUCAUUAAAGACAAUUAAGCUAU